CUCACGAGGUUCUUCCUUUCUCAGCCAGCACCGUUGCAGUGGGUGAGUGCGUGGCGUUGAUGGACUGGUGAAAUCUGUCAAAAGUCACUCAAGUCAGCCAAUUUGAGUUUCACUAGAACGCCGCCAACAUGCCGGCGUAUUUUCAAAGGCCAGAGAAUGCUCUGAAACGAGCGAACGAGUUUCUUGAGGUUGGCAAGAAGCAGCCAGCUUUGGAUGUUUUGUACGAUGUCAUCAAGAGCAAGAAACAUCGAACAUGGCAGAAGAUCCACGAGCCCAUCAUGCUCAAAUACCUGGAGCUCUGCGUGGAUCUUCGCAAGAGCCACCUGGCCAAGGAGGGUCUCUACCAGUACAAGAACAUCUGUCAGCAGGUGAAUAUCAAAUCUCUGGAGGAUGUGGUAAGGGCUUACCUGAAGCUGGCUGAGGAGAAGACUGAGACAGCCAAGGGUGAGUCCCAGCAGAUGGUCCUGGACAUCGAGGAUCUGGACAACAUCCAGACUCCUGAAAGUGUUCUCCUGAGUGCUGUGAGUGGAGAGGACACUCAGGAUCGUACUGAUCGCCUGCUGCUCACUCCCUGGGUGAAGUUCCUGUGGGAGUCCUACCGCCAGUGCCUGGACCUGCUGCGGAACAACUCCAAGGUGGAGCGCCUGUACCAUGACAUUGCCCAGCAAGCAUUUAAGUUCUGCCUUCAGUACACUCGUAAAGCAGAAUUUCGCAAGCUGUGCGACAACCUGCGUAUGCAUCUGGGUCAGAUCCAGCGCCACCACAACCAGAGCACUGCCAUCAACCUGAACAACCCUGAAAGUCAGUCUAUGCACCUGGAGACGCGUCUGGUGCAGCUGGACAGCGCCAUUAGCAUGGAGCUCUGGCAGGAAGCAUUCAAGGCGGUUGAAGACAUCCAUGGCCUCUUUGCUCUUUCUAAGAAGCCUCCCAAACCCCAGCUGAUGGCCAACUACUACAACAAGGUGUCUACAGUGUUCUGGAAAUCUGGCAAUGCUCUCUUCCACGCCUGCACCCUCCACCGGCUUUAUCACCUCUCAAGGGAAAUGCGUAAGAAUCUGACCCAAGAUGAGAUGCAGAGGAUGUCCACCAGAGUCCUCCUGGCCACACUGUCUAUUCCCAUCACCCCCGAGCGCACUGACAUUGCUCGGCUGCUGGACAUGGAUGGCAUCAUUGUAGAAAAACACCGCAGGCUGGCUACCCUCCUGGGCCUGCAGUCUCCGCCGACCCGGCAGAGUCUCAUCAAUGAUAUGGUGAGAUUUAACUUGCUGCAGUAUGUUGUACCUGACAUAAAAGAACUUUACAACUGGAUUGAAGUAGACUUUCAUCCUCUGAAGCUGUGCGGAAGAGUGACCAAGGUGUUGAACUGGGUGAGAGACCAAGCUGAGAAGGAGGCUGAUCUGCAGCAGUAUGUCCCUCACUUGCAGAGUAAUACCAUCCUGAGGCUCCUGCAACAGGUUGCACAGAUCUAUCAAAGCAUUGAGUUCACCCGUCUGGCCUCCCUGGUUCCAUUUGUGGACGCCUUCCAGCUGGAGCGCUCCAUUGUAGAUGCUGCCCGCCACUGUGAUCUGCAGGUCCGUAUAGACCACAGCACUCGAACUCUGAGCUUUGGCUCUGACCUGAACUACUCGACCAAAGAGGAUGCCCCUGUUGGUCCUUUCCUGCAGAACAUGCCCUCAGAGCAGAUACGGAACCAGCUGACUGCCAUGUCGGCUUCCUUGGCCAAGGCCAUCCAAGUCAUCAGGCCUGCCUCCAUCCUGCAAGAGCGUGAGGAGCAGAACCAGCUGGCCAUCGCCGCCUAUCUGAAAAAUGCUCGCAAGGAUCACCAGCGCAUCCUGGCUCGUAGACAGACCAUUGAGGAGCGUAAGGAGCGCCUGGAGAGCCUGAACAUUCAGCGUGAGAAGGAGGAGCUGGAGCAGCGGGAAGCUGAGAUGCAGAAGGUACGCAAGGCUGAGGAGGAGCGUCUGCGCCAGGAGGCCAAAGAGAGGGAGAAGGAGCGCAUCAUGCAGGAGCACGAGCAGAUCAAGAAGAAGACGGUCCGUGAACGGCUGGAGCAGAUCAAGAAGACUGAACUUGGAGCCAAGGCCUUCAAGGAUAUCGAUAUUGAGGACCUGGAGGAGCUGGAUCCUGACUUCAUCAUGGCCAAACAGGUGGAGCAGCUAGAGAAGGAGAAGAAGGAACUUCAGGAGCGUCUGAAGAACCAGGAGAAGAAGAUUGACUACUUUGAGAGGGCAAAACGUCUCGAGGAGAUUCCUCUUAUCAAAAAGGCUUAUGAGGAGCAGCGCAUCAAGGACAUGGAACUAUGGGAGCUCCAGGAGGAAGAGAGGAUCAGUAACAUGAAAGUUGAACGGGAGAAGGCUUUGGAGCACAAGAAGCGAAUGUUCAGGAUGUUGGAGGACAAAGAAAACUUCUUGUCCAAAAUAACUGCUGCUCGUAGCUUCAUUUAUGAGGAAAAACUGAAAGCUUUCCAGGAGCGCUUGGUGGAGGAGAGGAAGAAGCGCCUGGAAGAAAGGAAGAAGCAGCGCAAGGAGGACAGGCGUAACGCUUUUUACCGUCAAAAGGAGGAAGAUGCACAGCGUAUCCAUGAAGAGCAGCUCAAGAAAGAGCGGGAGGACCGUGAACGCCUGGAACAAGAGCAGCGGGAGGAGGAAGAGAGGGAGUACCAGGAGCGUCUACGCAAACUCGAGGAGCAGGAGCGGAAGCAGCGCGCUCGUCAACAGGAGAUCGAGGAGCGAGAACGGCGUCGUGAGGAGGAGAAAAGGGUCCCCCCAGAGGAGAAAGUCAAGGAUUGGGGUGAGAAUGAGAAGCAGAUUGAGAAGGAGGAAGGAGGAGGAGGAGGAGGAUGGAGGAGGCGCACGGAGGGAGGCGAAUCAGAGUGGCGUCGUUCUGUGCCUGACAAGGAGUGGAGGCAGGAGGGCCGUGAGGAUGACAAAGAGGAGCGAGAGAGAGAGGGGCCCUUCAGGCGAGGAGAAGGUUUACGCAGGGGCGGAGAUGACCGAGGCGGCCGUCGGGGCUUUGAUGACGACAGAGGCCCACGCCGUGGCGGUGACGAUGACCGUCCUCUACGCAGAGGGAUGGACGAGGACCGUGGUCCACGUAGAGGCUUUGAUGAUGACCGCGGCCCAAGGAGGGGCGGAGACGAUGACCGUGGUCCACGUAGAGGCUUUGAUGACGACCGCGGCCCCAGGCGUGGCUUUGAUGAUGACAGAGGUUCCCGUAGAGGCACGGACGACUCCUGGGGUCCCCGAAGAGGAGGAGAUGAUGACCGAGGUGGAAGGAGAGGCAUGGAUGAUGGGCCAAGGCGUGGUGGCGAUGACCUCAAACCCUGGAAGCCCCUGGGCAGGCCUGGUAAGCCUGCAGCCAUUCAGCUGCUAAUAAGUGAUAGAGAUAAUAUAGGUAAUGGUGGCUGGCGUGAGCGAGAGAAGGCCCGAGAGGACAGCUGGGGUCCUCCCCGUGAUGCCAGCGAGGAAAGAGACGAUGCCGAAAGAGAGGGAAAAUCCAGAGACAGCUUGAGAGACAGUCGUCCAGUCAGAGAGGAGAAUACCUGGAGGAGGGCAGGCACAGAGGAAGGAGGAAGCGCCUGGAGAGACUCUCGCAAAGAGGACACCGACCGAGACGAUCGUCGUGGUGGCGAGCGCCGUGGUGGCGAGCGCCGGGAUGACCGUGAACUCAGACCCCCACCCAGAGAUCAGGAUGAAGGAGGUUGGCGUCGUGGAGGUGUGGAGAAGCUGGAGGAGAAGCCCAGAAGCAGCGAUAGGGAGCCGGAGCCUGAGCUUGAUGGAGAAAAGGGCUGGCGUUCUGACAAAGACAACCCUCGUCGCAUCAAGAACGAAACCGAUGAUGAUGGCUGGACCACUGUCCGCCGCUGAGCAGUAACCUCAGCAUCCAUUUGGCUCAGUUAAUGAAGAGUUGGUUUUGAAAAAAAAUAUAAUAUUCAGUAGCCCAUCAGCCAGUAAACCGCAGUGGUGAAUUCAUGGCCACAUGCUUCCGAUACUCGUGCGUUAUUCCUUUUGGACAAAAUAUUUGUAGACCGUAGUUUUCCUGGGGAUUUUUUUUCCCUUUUAUCUUUAUUUUGACUUUCAGCAUUUUGAACCAGUCUCCUUUCCACCCAAAACACCAUCAACCAAUGAACUUGUGUGCAGGUCUUUAGGUCUCAUGCAAACCAUCACAAAUGUAAACAUGACUGCCCUGAAUGGUUAGAGAGGUUAUUACCUUACAUGAAGUGAAACUGACUAAACUGAAAACCAUAUGUACCUGCUACAUCUUUCAAUACAAACUCAGUGCAUCACCAACGUCUCUUCUUAAUCAUUUUUCAUAGAUAUUAUAUUGUGCCACAAAUCAACAACUGUUGUAAUGACAAUGACUAGGAAUUUGUCAUCUGCUUCCGUGAUCUCUGCUCUUCAUCUAAUGUUUCAGAUGCUUCUUAACCUGUUAAAGAACUAGUGGAAUUUACAUUUUGCUGUGCAUGCUUAGAGUAUUCAAUUGGUCUCGCUUGAUAUCCAGUGUGUGGCUCUUUCUUGUUGCAAUCAACGGUAUCCAACCAGGUUGCAUGUUUACAGAUAAAGCCUUUAUUAAUAAAGAGGUUUGCUCACCA